UUGAGCUAAAUUAUGUGGCCAAAAUAUAUCUUCCUACUGAUAUUCAUAUUCUUAAAGCAAAAUAUCAUAGUGGGAAGAUAUCAUAAGAUGCGAUUCUGAACAGAAUCUGGUACAGUAGUGUAGUAUGAAACUAAAUUAAAUGUAAAAAAAAGAAAAAAAAAAAACCAGUAAUAUUAGAAGAAAUGUUCGCACAAGUGUGUUCCGAGUUCCCCCUUUUCUGAAGCUCUGGGCUUUGGCAGAAGAAGCAGCUAGAGCUCCAUCGCCAUCCAUUCUGGCCGCCGUGUCACAGUAUAGUAAGAGUCUUCACAUCACGUAUAUGAUUAGGGUCAGGUCGAAGCAUUUGAGCGAAAAAACAGAACUUGAAGACAAUAUUUAAAGAUGAUUAAGCUCUUUUCGCUAAAGCAGCAAAAGAAAGAUGAGGAAUCAGCCGGAGGAAACAGAUCAGGAGCUGGGGGUAAAAAAGCGAGCGCGGCCCAACUUCGAAUACAGAAAGAUAUAAAUGAGCUUAACUUGCCAAAGACUUGUGAGAUCGUCUUUCCCGAUCAGGAUGAUUUACUGAACUUCAAACUUAUCAUCUCUCCUGAUGAGGGAUUUUACAAGGGUGGGCGGUUUGUCUUCAGCUUUAAGGUGGGACAGGGAUACCCCCAUGAUCCUCCAAAAGUCAAAUGUGAGACCAUGGUGUAUCACCCAAACAUUGACCUAGAGGGCAACGUCUGCUUGAACAUCUUGAGAGAGGACUGGAAGCCUGUCUUGACAGUUAACUCCAUUAUUUAUGGAUUACAGUAUCUGUUUUUGGAACCCAAUCCAGAAGAUCCCCUGAACAAAGAUGCAGCAGAGGUCCUGCAGUCAAAUAGGCGGCUAUUUGAGCAGAAUGUACAAAGAUCACUCAGGGGUGGAUAUGUUGGAGCAACUUACUUUGAACGAUGUCUCAAAUAAUGCUCACGUGCUCCUAGAAUAUACCAUCACCUUACCAAGACUUACUGACAGAGCAGACAAAUCACUGUGUGGGUGGGGGCAGACAAAUAUGGACCGUUAAUAAAUGCUUUCUUAGAAAAUCAGAAUGGUAUACACCAUUAUACUGAUACCCACAUCUUGCAGAGAUUGAUGGGACUCACUCUCAGAUAUGGACUGAUUCACAUUUCUUAAAUGUAUGCAUUUAAUGACUGUAGAUACAAGGACGGACAGACACUGAACACUGUACAGGACUAACUGAAACACACACUGGACAGAUAAAGAAACAGGACAUUUAGACAGGGGAACAUGCAGGUGCGCUGACUGAGGAAUCCCACAGUUGUGCAGAUAGGGCUAUGUUUUCGUAUGGCAUGAGAACAUAUUGUUCGUGGGCUUUUUUGAAGGAGUACCUAUUUUGAUGGUUUGAAAAUGUUACAGUGAUAUUGUGUAUAUUAAAAUCCUAGCUGUUCACAGCUGUUGACUGCGAAAUGAAUAGCAUUUAAAUAUAAACAUUAAUUAUAAUUACAGUAAGAUACCCAACAACUUAUAUUUGAGGUUUGACAAGGUUUUUUUUUUUUUUUUUUUUUUAAAGAUCAGUCAGUGGCAGUGAAUUAAGUAUUUAUGUUGCUUGUCAGUUUCAAUAUUAGUGUAGAUGAUUACCAGCUUUUAGUUUUCUUUAAAUGUUUUAAGUGCCUGCCUAAUAACACAAAGAACAGUGUUAUGAUGCUUAGGUACUACAAGGGUCUAACGCUUGAGUUACCACCUUUGUUCUGCAUUUUGAGCAGUCUGCAAUCUACAUGAAAAUGCCCGCUUUAUGAAAGCCCCCUGUAACCCAUCUUGAUGGUCUUUAGUUAUGUUUUUUUGGGAGAUCAGAAUUAAUAAAAGAAUUGCAAAAACAGGCUGUGGGUAAAUGUUUGAAGGAGCAAUAUAGAGAUAAUGAAGAGGAUGGUGACCAAGUGUGUUAUACAGCUUUGUUCAUAAUGCUGUUAAAAUAAAUGUUUCUAAAAUGACCAAUAAUAAUUCAGUAUUCUCUGCUCUUACCAUGACUUCUGAUAGGUUGUCAAGAAUACCAUGAAUGAUGAAUAUGAACGGACCGAUUAAUU